UCAGGAGGAUUAUUUUCCUAAAGCUGUUGCUGAAAUGACAGGACUGAGAUGGCUAAAAUUGAAUAGAACUAAUAUAGAUUGGAUACCAGAGGAAUUAUCUAGUCUCCAAAAAUUGGAGACACUAUCUUUAGUGAGGAAUAAUUUAGUAACUAUUCAUGGAGAAGUUUCAACUUUGCCAUGUCUACGAUAUUUCAACUGUCGGCAUAAUAAACUUAAAAAUUGUGGAAUUCCGUCUGACAUAUUUGAUUUGGAAGAUUUAGCAGUUAUUGAUUUCAGCCACAACCAGUUACGUGAUGUUCCACAUGAUUUAGAUCAUUCUAGAGGCUUACUUGUUCUCAAUUUAAGUUAUAACAAUAUUGAAUCUAUUCCCAACCAAUUAUUUGUCAGUUUAACAGAUUUACUUUAUUUAGAUCUAAGCAAUAAUAGAUUAGGCAAAUUUAAUUUACAGGAGACACUAUCUUUAGUGAGGAAUAAUUUAGUAACUAUUCAUGGAGAAGUUUCAACUUUGCCAUGUCUACGAUAUUUCAACUGUCGGCAUAAUAAACUUAAAAAUUGUGGAAUUCCGUCUGACAUAUUUGAUUUGGAAGAUUUAGCAGUUAUUGAUUUCAGCCACAACCAGUUACGUGAUGUUCCACAUGAUUUAGAUCAUUCUAGAGGCUUACUUGUUCUCAAUUUAAGUUAUAACAAUAUUGAAUCUAUUCCCAACCAAUUAUUUGUCAGUUUAACAGAUUUACUUUAUUUAGAUCUAAGCAAUAAUAGAUUAGAAACUCUUCCUCCCCAGAUGAGACGACUAGUCAAUUUGCAAACACUAAUACUUAAUAAUAAUCCUCUUGGACAUAAUCAAUUAAGGCAACUUCCAGCAUUAAUUUCUUUGCAGACAUUACAUAUGCGUAAUACUCAAAGAAAUCUUUCAAAUAUUCCAUGUACCUUAGAUAAUAUUACAAAUUUAUCAGAUGUGGAUUUUUCUCAAAAUGCUUUGCCUAGAAUCCCAGAUGCAUUAUAUACUUUGGUUAACUUAAAAAGACUUAAUUUAAGUGAUAAUUGUAUUACUGAAAUUUCUGCUGAAAUUGGAGAUAAUUGGAAAAAUUUAGAAACAUUAAAUUUGUCAAGAAAUAAAUUAACAGCUCUUCCUGCUACUUUAUGUAGGCUAACAAAACUAAGAAGAUUAUAUAUAAAUGACAAUAAUUUAGAUUUUGAAGGAAUACCAUCUGGAAUUGGUAAAUUGCACAAUCUUGAAGUAUUUAUGGCUGCAAAUAACAAUUUAGAAAUGAUUCCAGAAGGAGUUGUCAGAUGUGGUAGACUUAAGAAACUUGUACUCUCUCACAACCGACUGAUAACUUUACCAGAAGCAAUACAUCUACUGACUGAUUUAGAAGUUUUAGAUUUAAAGGACAAUCCUGACCUUAUUAUGCCUCCUAAACCUCAUGAACUAUUGAAAGGCAGUGGAAUGGAGUUUUAUAAUAUUGAUUUUUCACUGAAUAAUCAGUUGAGAUUAGCUGGUGCAGCUCCUGUUACUCCAGUAUCAACUCCCGCACAUAGCAAAGAUCCAAUUGCAAGAAAAAUGCGAUUAAGACGACGGAAAGAAGGCGAAGCAGAUAGUGACCAAGCCAAAAUAUUAAAAGGAAUGAGUGAUAUAGCUAAGGAUAAAAAUAAUGAUCAAAAUAAGGAUGAUGAUAAAAAUACAUCAUUAAAAAUAAGUGCACCACUUCUAUGGGAGUAUAACACUAAGAGUACUUUAGAUAAGAAAGCAUGUUCAGCAAUUCAUGCUGUCAAUUUACGAAAUUUCCUGGGUGCUCAAUGUCGUACAAUUAGAGAAGAACAAAAUGAAGAAAGUGAAGAAUUUUUGGAUUUAUUUGGAUCUGAAAUUACUUACAUUGAAGGUGGAAGAACUGCUAGUGGCUUCUACACAGUUGAGGAAGUUGAGUUUUUUGCUCAUAUGUAUAGACUUCAUUCUAUGAAUAGAUUGCUACAUUUAGAAAGUGUUCCAAUCAAAUUUAGUUCAUUGGAUCCAAGAUAUGUAUUCCUGUUAGAUACUGGGCCUAAUAUACAUAUUUGGUAUGGUAAAAGUUCAAAGAAUACACUAAAAUCUAAAGCAAGACUUCUAGCUGAAAAGAUAAAUAAAAAUGAAAGAAAGAAUCAAUCUAGUAUAUCUACUUCAGUACAAGGUCAGGAAUCAAUAGAAUUUUGGAAUGAAUUAGGUCUUAAAGAGCCACCAAAUCUUCCUCCUGAAGAACAUGUUCCUGAUGACUUUGUUCCAUUUGCUCCAAGGUUGUAUCAAGUUAAACUGGGAAUGGGAUAUUUGGAAUUACCACAAAUUGAACUUCGACAAAACAGAUUACUGUCUACAUUUCUUGAUACAAAACAUGUGUAUAUUCUUGAUUGUCAUACAGAUGUAUAUGUAUGGUUAGGUCAAAAAUCAACACGAUUAGUGAGGGCAGCAGCAUUAAAGUUAUCACAAGAAUUGUGUAGUAUGAUUCAAAGACCAGAACAUGCUGUAGUAACAAGAGUUCUUGAAGGUACUGAUCCACAAGUAUUCAAAUGCAAAUUUGAAGGCUGGGAUGAUGUAAUUGCAGUAGAUUUCACUCGUACAGCACAGUCAGUUGCCAGAACUGGAGCUGAUUUAAAAAGUCUAUUUUUAAGGAUGGUAACUCCCAAGAAACCCCAAAAAUGCUAA